AUGAGAAAAAUUGCAUCAAUCUUAUUAAUUGUUUCAAUUACUUUACUAUCAGUAAGUGCUUCCUCUAAAUGUUCAGAUGACAUCAAUAAUAAGCUUAGUACAGGUACUAUUUGUCAAGCUACAGACACUGACUGCAAAAAUUCUUUAAAUACUUUCAUUACUUGUUUCGGAAAUUGUGGUAAUACUAGUAAUACAGACUCAGACUUAGUCAAAUGCGUAAAAACCAAUUGCAGUAACAUAUCUAACGCCACUGUUAAAAGUUUUUACAAUGAGAUUAUUACUUGCUUUAAUAGUUUACUCAUGUUCUCAGCUCUCUUUGUUUUGAUUGCUUUACUAUUUUGA